CUGCCUGUGCCACAAUGCUGUCGUCCAGUGACUUUGCAUCUGCUUCUUGGGAGCUUGUGGUCCAGGUUGACCAUGCCAUUGAAAAGCAGCAGAGAAACAUCACACUGAGGGUGUCGGGAGACCUGCAUAUUGGGGGAGUGAUGCUCAAGUUGGUGGAACAGAUGAACAUAGCCCAAGACUGGUCAGACUUUGCUCUGUGGUGGGAGCAGAAGCGCUGCUGGCUUCUGAAAACCCACUGGACCCUGGACAAGUGUGGAGUCCAGGCCGACGCCAAGCUCCUCUUCACCCCGCAGCAUAAAAUGCUCCGCCUUCGCCUACCCAAUGCCAAGACUGUGCGACUGCGAGUCAGCUUUUCAGCCGUGGUGUUUAAGGCUGUGGCCGAUAUCUGCAAAGUGCUGAAUAUUAGAAGACCAGAAGAACUUUCGUUGUUAAAGCCUUCUGGUGACUAUUCUAAGAAAAAAAAGAAGAAGGACAAAAAUAAUAAAGAGCCUGUGGCUGAAGACGUCCUGACCUUGGACAGUUCGUCAACAAGCUCGGGUUCCCCGGUAAGCCCUGGCUUGUACAGUAAAACUAUGACACCCACAUAUGACCCCAUCAAUGGGACGCCAGCCUUAUCCACUAUGACUUGGUUCGGUGACAGCCCUUUGACCGAGCAAAACUGCAGUGUUCUGGCCUUCAGCCAACCUCCUCCACCACCAGAUGUGCUCGCCGACAUGUUCCAGCCUCGAUCUUUGGUGGACAAAGCCAAGAUGAAUGCAGGUUGGCUGGAUUCCUCGAGAUCCCUCAUGGAACAAAACAUUCAAGAGGAUGAGCAACUGCUGCUAAGAUUUAAAUACUACACCUUCUUUGACUUGAAUCCUAAAUAUGACGCUGUCCGAAUAAACCAACUCUACGAGCAAGCCAGGUGGGCUGUUCUCUUGGAGGAAAUCGACUGCACAGAAGAGGAAAUGUUGAUCUUCGCAGCACUACAGUAUCACAUCAGCAAACUGUCACUGUGUGCUGAAAUACAGGACUUUGCAAGCAAGUCUGAGGUAGAUGAAGUGGAGGCAGCCCUGUCCAGUUUGGAAGUGACCCUCGAAGGUGGGAAGGCCGACAGCACCUUGGAGGACAUCACUGAUAUCCCUAAACUUGCAGAUUAUCUCAAAUUAUUUAGGCCAAAGAAGCUAAUGUUAAAAGCUUUCAAGCAAUACUGGUUUGUCUUUAAAGACACAUCUAUAGCCUACUUUAAAAAUAAGGAACUUGAACAAGGAGAGCCAAUAGAAAAACUAAACCUUAGAGGCUGUGAAAUUGCUCCAGAUGUGAAUGUAGCGGGGAGAAAAUUUGGAAUCAAGUUACUAAUCCCUGUCGCCGAUGGUAUGAAUGAAGUGUACUUGAGAUGUGACCAUGAGGAUCAAUAUGCCCGGUGGAUGGCUGCCUGCAUCUUGGCAUCAAAGGGUAAAACCAUGGCAGACAGCUCCUAUCAGCCAGAGGUCGUCAGCAUCCUUUCAUUUCUGAAGAUGAAAAACCGGAACUCAUCGCCUCUCGUGGCUUCCAGUAUCGAAAGCAUGGACAUGAACCCAGAAUGUUUAGUAUCACCUCGCUGUGCAAAAAAGCACAAGUCUAAACAGCUGGCAGCCCGGAUCCUGGAAGCUCACCAUAACGUGGCCCAGAUGCCUCUGGUCGAAGCCAAACUGCAGUUCAUCCGGGCAUGGCAGUCCUUACCGGAGUUCGGCCUCACCUACUACCUCGUCAGAUUUAAAGGAAGCAAGAAAGAUGACAUUCUGGGAGUUUCAUACAACAGGUUGAUUAGAAUCGAUGCAGUCACUGGGAUUCCAGUUACAACAUGGAGAUUCGCCAAUAUGAAGCAGUGGAAUGUCAACUGGGAAAUCCGGCAGGUGGCAAUCGAGUUUGACCAAAAUGUCUCCAUCGCGUUCACCUGCCUAAGUGCGGAUUGCAAGAUUGUGCAUGAGUACAUUGGUGGCUACAUUUUCUUGUCCACCCGAUCCAAGGACCAAAAUGAAACGCUCGAUGAGGACCUCUUUCACAAAUUGACGGGCGGUCAGGACUGAAGUGAAGCAGGCCUACUUGGCCUAUGUGGACCUAGGAGACCUUCCAGGAUGGAUAGGAAGGACCUGUGGCUUUCCCAGGGUGUAGAUUCCAGACUAACACAAUGUAUACUUCCCA